ACUGGAAGUCGACCACAAUGCUGCGCCAGGUCACCGCACGCUGCCGGCCGGUCGCUAGCGCCGGAAGCCGCCUGCAGCGCGCGCUGCACGGUAUGGCGCCGCUGCACGUCGCGGCCGAGGCGCCGAGUGCGCCAACGGCCAAGACGCCAGCGUCGCCCGAGAACGUCCGCGCCGCUAUCAGCAAGCACGUGGCCACCAUCAAGAAGCAGACGGGGCUGACGCCGGCGUUCUGGGGCAACGUGUCGACAACGUUGGCCAAGUGCCGGACGCCCGAGCAACUGGCUGCGACGGCGCCGCUGCGAUCGCUGCCCAUGGCGUGGCACUCGUCGACGCCGGCGGUGCAACACGAGAUUGUGCGCAUCCUCUUGGCGACGCACGACGUUGAGACGGCGAUGACGCUUGUCGCGAGCGCGCCCGAGUACCCGCUGCACAACCGCAACGUCGCGCGCUUGCUCGGCGCGUGCGUGCGGCAUCGCAACCUCGCGCACGCAGGAUUUGCACUCUACGAGCGGUCGCUCGCCCAAGGCACGGUGCCCAGCAUCCCGGUCUACCACGCCGUGCUCCUUCUGGCCUUGAAAGCCAACGACCCGAGUCGAUUCCACGCGGUGCUCACGCACAUGGAGACCGUCGGCGUGCCUUUGGAUGCCAUGUGCCAUGGCCUCGCGGUCCGCAUGGCCUGCCGCCAGCGCCACUUUGAGGCGGCUUUGGACCGGUACCGCCUCAUGCAGCGCGACAAGAUGCACCUCAACGUCAUUGUGCUCAACGAGCUCCUCGACGGGCUCUGCGAAAUGGGCGCGUACACUGACGCGCUCGAGGUCUUCGAGUCGGCGGUCGAGAAAGUCGAGAAGCGACCGUGGAACCAAAAGCCCGACGGUAAAGUCGUUUUGAGUCCGGAAGCGAAAGCCAAGGCGGACGACAAGGCACCGGUGAACGAGGUGACGUACAACAUCAUGAUGAAGCUCUGCGGCCGCCAGCAGCGCCUCGACGAGGUCUUCAAAUGGUACGAAGACAUGAAGGCGAAGGGCAUUGCGCCGUCGACGACGACCAUCAACACGCUCAUGCACGCCGUGUACCACGGCAAGUACCGUAGCGUCGACUCGGAGAAAGUCUACGCGGCGCUCGCGACCGUCGGUGCUAUCGGCGCCGGCACGCUCUUCGUCUCGGACCUCUCCGAAGCGACGGCCUCGGUUGCGAUCACGGCCAGCGUUCUCGCGUCGCUCGGCCUCGGUAUCUACAUGAAUCCGUUUGGCGUCCAAAAGUCCAUCUACCCCAACGAGACGACGGCCAAGGAGCCGAUUCCGGCCGCGAUGCUCCGUCGUCUCGACGAAGAAGAGCACAUUGGACGACUCGUCUACCUCUGGCACGAGCUCCUUGGGUACGGCCUGUCGCCCGACGACGCGACCUACGACAUCUUUGUACGCACGAGCGUCCGGAAGCGCCAUCCGGACAUUGCGGUGGCGAUGCUCCUCGAGUCGAGCAACCCCAAUUCGUUUGCGGCCCGGCGCGCGGUCGAGAAGGACGCAUUCGUGUUGCCGCUGCCGCUCGAGACCACGAUCCGGCUGCUGCAGUCGCUCGUGAGCCAGAAUCUGCUGCCGCAGGUCGACGACGUCGUUGCGCUCGCGUACAAGGCGCGCGGGCUCGAGAGCAUCACGUCGACGUCGCCCAGUCGCCUCACCCGCUUCCGGCUCGUGCCGUUUGGUGCACCCAAGGUGACGGCGCUCGUCCUUAGCCGCUUGCUGCGUCUCUGGCUCGACGAGCACUACCCGAAAGACAAGCUCCACGCGCGCAUUCAUGACACGGUCGCCUUUGACGUCAUCCAGUGCCACACGGUGCUCGACUACCUCGACACAAUCGACCCGGAGAUCCGCGCGUCGUUUGCGUUUGAGGAAGUCCAAGUCGCCGGCAACGGCAACGGCGUCCUCCACUUCAACCGCGCACGUCUGCAAAAGUACAUUGUCAAUUUGGCGUAA